AUGACUGUCCGGUUACACAACGGGCUCGCAACUCCACCUAUUCGCGAUGUACGACGUCGUGAUAGACGACACAAUCCUAUCGGUAUCAGUUCCUCCGCACGCGUAUCAGAGGAUGACAAAGAAGAGAUACAAGAUGUUGUGUAUAUCUCUUCGGGGUCAGACGAUGUCCCGGAGAAUAAUUCUACAACUCGUGAAGAGUUGACUCCUGUCUCUAAGGACGACGGAAAAGACGUUCAAGGAAAAAGUAUCGGCUUGGCAGACGGCGAGAACAACGGUUCUAUUCCAUGCAGGGGGUCUGCAUCAGCAUCAGUUAUCGACUCGACAGAUGACGAUACCGUAGAUGAUGUUUCCUGCACAUUCGUGGGACUCCUUGAGCCGGAACCAUCUGAAGCGAGCUUCCAAUUCAACGAAGAUACUGCACAUCAAGGCACAUCUAAUGGUCCUAUCGUUAACACCAGCCGCUUCCACCACGACUCGACAGAUCCAACCACCAUCCCAGGAACCCCCCAGUUUAACUUCUCCUUGGAGCACGGUUCCGCCAACCAUUCUGGCAAUCACGACAGAAUCAUUGACUACGUGGAUUGGGACUCGCAAAGUAAGCCCGUUACCUGUUUUCAGUGUUCUGGACAGUUUGAUCUUGACGAGAGUCAUGAAGCCGCGCGUCUGUUAUCCUUCUUUGAAGAUAGAAAUCGCAGAACAGAACCGGAUUACGCCGAAGAGUUUGAGGAUAUGCAUAAUCUUUUUUCGAAACAAAAAGAUUAUAAUGCACUAGAAGAGUAA